UUCACAAAGCGCCUAAACUCUCGACUGACUUACAACCACUUUUUCAGUGAAUCGAUGUUCAAGAAAUAAUUAGUCCCUCAAACAAUAUGGACGCAAAGUCUCCUACAUUCCAGCAAAACAAGAAAUCGCGUCCUGACAGCAGAGAAAGUGAACGAAGUUCGAGAGAUUCUCGUGAAAUGUACAGGUCAGGGAACUUCCGAAAGACACAGAAGCGUGACAAUCACAGGAGAAAGAGGGAAAUACCAGAGAGUCAGUGCAUAUCACUGUUUCCUUCGGUGAAGAACAACUCUGAUGAAAACAUCUCGGAUGUAAACACCCCUCAAAACGAAAGAAAUAAAUGGGCUAAAACUGCAAGCAGCAAACAGACACCCCCCAACAGAUCACAUCUUAAAAUUCAGGACCUCUCCAAAGAAUUCCCUCCUCUUGGAGUUUCGAGUUAUACUCCUGAGUUGACAAAGGACUGGGGAAGUAUAGUUGACGAAGAGGAAGAAGGGAAAAGAGACCCAGUGAAAAAGAGAACAAAUUUAAGAUUUAAAAGAAAACUGCUGCUCUCAGAGUCUAGGGAUGAAAAUUUAAAAUCUCUAAGCCAGAAACCUGUCUUGACUGAUCCACAUAAACUGCUCCAAAGACAAAAACAAAUUGACAUUGGAAAGAACACCUUGUCCUAUGGACGUUACACAGCUGCAGUGCCAAGAGAACAACGGACGAAAGAAGACCCCAAUACACCAGACAAAUUUCAAAUAUGCAGCACUCGAUCUUGGGUUGGUCAGGUGAAGCUUUGGCGUCGAAAACUUCACAUCUGGGACCCACCAUCUGAAGGAAAAGAGGAUUUGUUCUCUUUGUCUUCACAGAGCAGUAUUCAGUCAUUCCCUUGUGAGGGUAAGAUGGAAGUGGAUAGUUAUAAUGGUGAUGCUGAUGAUGACAUGAUGUCAACAUCCACCCCAAGUAGUAUUGAUGAUGUGUUUGGUGACUUUGAUCUUGAUGCCUGUUUGAUGAAUGAUGGCUUGCCAUUAUAAUUUUGAGAAUAUACCUAUUCCAUUUUUCAUUAAAGAAAUUUUUUAGACUCAAGAUUUUAAGUAAUUAGUGUUAAAAGAACUUUGAGAUUUGCAUAGAUUUCAAAAGGCAUGGGUCAAACUUUUAUUCAGUUCUGAUAGGUUUAUACAAAUUUCUCAAAUGAACUGUUUCAAAAGUUUUAAAAAACUAUUGCAAAGUUCAAACUGUGGUUUAUGAUUUGACCCUUUUUAGAUAAGUUGAAUUUCAGAUUUUAUUUAUUAGAGAAGUUCAGCUUUUUUGGCCUUUUGGUAGCAUUUCUGAUGUGAAAAAACCAAGGCCACUCUUACUCCUCUGCUGAAAGAAGAAUAUUCAUGUAUGUACUAGAAAUUUUGAUGGAGCACUUAAAUAAAGUG